AUGCCUGAGAACGAUUUCCCAGUUGCAGAAGGAAUACAUGCAGCCGCGGAACCCCUUCCAACGCCGGUUGAACUCUUCCUGAAUCUCACAAUUGUGCCGUCCAUGUCGGCGCCAGAAAGCGAGUUCCAGCCCUCGACUACUGGGAUUGAAGCAAUAUAUGAGCUUCUGAUCGUCGAGCAAUCAUCAUUGGAAGGGGCCGUACAGGAAUCCGACGACCUGCAGGAAUCUCUCACGAUGUACCAUGUGACAUAUCUCAAAAGCUCUCACUUGCGGUGGCCCGUCCUCCACGGCCCAACAUUCGACUUGGUAACCGCGUCCCUACCUCUUGCUGCAUCAGCAUGUGCCAUGGGAGCAUGGUUCCAAAGUAAUCAAUCUUCGGACGACAAAUUUUAUGCGCUCAGGGUCCAUGAUUUACUGUUACAACGCCUACUAUACAAUUUGAUCGAUGCCGACUCGAACUUCAAAGGAGAGGCCUGGCCAAUUGAAAUUUUUCAGGCCACCCUCUUAACUCUGGUCUUCUCGCUCUACCGCACCGAUGAGCUUGCCAUAUCCAGAGCCCAGCACCUUCGAAACGCGCUGAUAGCCACUCUCAGAGAGCUUGGGGCCUUCAAUGGUGAAAUCUUUGUCGAGCAUUUCGACACUUACUUCGGCGGUACGUACGCUCCCUAUCGGCUUAGCAUGCGCGAGAGAUUCAAACGGCUUCUUCUCUUGACCUACCAAUUCGACGCGUAUUUCGCUCUUGUUCACAGAAGACCACCUAUCCUUCACCACCAGGAAAUAAGCGUACAUCUGCCUAGUACCUUUGCGCUGUGGAACACCUACGGCCUCGAUAUUUUCGCCAGGCGACAACUAGAGGAGCCGCCCGGACGAUCUGACAUUCAGAUGUGCGAGAUGGCACACAGCGCGGAAUCUUUGAAUGGGAAACCCUCGCAAAUCCUCGUGGAAGAUAUCCUACUCGGCUUAUGCGCCAAGUUGCAGGCAAUAUGGGUUUUGAGCGGUGCUUCCCAGUCCGAGACGGAGGGACACCCCAGUAGUGCUUCGCAGAUAGUACUGUUCGUGGAGACACUUGAUGCGUGGAAGCGUGAGCUAGACAAGAUCAACGAGUUGACCUCCCCAACAAACACCCCCAGCAACGCCACAGCUGCAAGACACUUAUUGCUAGCAUAUCGCGCAGGAGACGAUUCCAUGUCGGCAUCACUGGAGCGCAUCAAAACUCUCAUUCAAGAUGGAACGGUGCUCUAUUACUUCCUGAAGAUGUACCACUACCUGGGACCAGUGCCUCAAAGGGCCAACUACCAUCAGCCAGCAACCGUGUCCGCGUGUGCCUCCAGAGCCGAGAGAGACGCCUUUGUGUGCGGGUUGCAACUACUCGAGAUCGCCGAAGCGAAUCCGAUGGUUGGAGGAGCCUCGGCUUCACGCGCACCCAUAGCCCCCAAUCCGCUCAUUCAGCAUGCGCUCACCACAGCCCUCGAGGUAACAUCGGCGGUCCUGUCAUGCCAGAAAUGCGAGUGCGACAAUGGAAGAGAAGACCGACAGACUGAGCCUGCGAGCGUGAAGCUUCAACAGUGGGCCGAGGCCCGCGGGCCGCUAUUCCUCAGCGGCACGCCAAUUUGUGUAUGCAAGCUGGGAUUUUGGACUGGACGCUUUGAGAAGGCGAUUCAAGAUCAGAAGAUCAUGGCCGAGUAA